CUAUACUCUUACAAUCCCGCUCAACCACCAGCCUACGCUUUCCUAGCCCUCUUCGGAACAGCAGCCGUCACUCACUUCAUCCUCAUGUUUCCCUACCGAGCGGCAUUCCCCAUCCCUAUGAUCAUAGGAUCUGGCAUGGAAUGCGCUGCUUACUGGUUUCGAUCUCGAUCUCACGACAACCUUCGGCAAACGCUCCCCUUCCUCUUACAAAACCUACUCAUGCUCGUCGCCCCACCAUUCCUCGCCGCAACGCUGUACAUGUCUCUCAGCCGAAUUACACGAGCACUCCGAGCAGAGGAACUAUCUCUUAUCAGCCUCCGAUGGAUAACAAAGCUUUUUGUUCUGGUUGAUCUCGCAUGUUUCGCAACUCAGACCGCCGGCGCCAUCAUGUCCGGAAGCGAAGUCCUCGAUGAAGCAAAGCGAGGCAAAACCAUCAUCAUCUGCGGUCUGAUUCUUCAAAUCGCCGCCUUUGCCUUGUUCCUUCUCUGCAUCCUCGUUCUGCAGGUCAGAGUAAAGUCAUGCCCUACGAGCCACUGUCUCGCAGGAGUCUUGUCCUACCGCCGCUAUCUCGUUGGUUUGUACUGUACGAGCGGCCUCUUUCUGGUUCGAAACAUUGUCCGCAUCGUUGAGUACAAUCAGGGUGGUGAUGGGCCCUUGCUUUCCAACGAAGUUUUCCUCUAUAUUUUCGAUGGAUGCUUCAUGCUGGGCAUUACCGUGAUUAUUAUCGUCUUGCAUCCCGGCAGGCUUGUAAAACAG